ACCCCCUCCCCUCCUGGAAAGGCGCACAUACACCACCGGUCUCCCUAGCGAAGCGUCGAAGAGGCGGGCGGCGCUUGUCGGGCUCUCGCAGCGCUGGGUCGUCCUUCCCUGCGUGUCUUCACACCCGUUCCUGCGGCCAUGGCACCUUGGCGAAGCGGGCCGAUGUGAGCGCACCGCGGAGGGCACAGCGGAGCACUGCAAUGCACGGCAGACGAGCGCUGAUGGGGAUGCCCCGAAAAGAUUAGUGACUUAUAAAGAAAAGGACUCGCAUCUAUACAGCCUGUGCUUAACACACGGUACUUUAGAUUAAGAGGGAUCAUACUUUUCUUGUUCUGUUUUAAUACACCACUGAAUGCAAGAAUGGGCAGCGGGGAAAACACGGUUUUCUUUAGGAUGUUGGGCACUGUCCUUAGUCCUGUGCUUGAUCCCAUUGUGUGCACACGGCAUCUUGCUUGAGGCCAAUGUCACUGAGACGGGAAGCCAGGCGAACUCGUCCCGGGCCGCACGCAGGCCCCGUGGCUGGGAGGAGGCCGGUAGCGGGAUGACGGGGGACACCAUGGUGGGCCCCGAUGGUAGCCCCAACGUGGCCGAAGACGACCACCUGAUGUCAGCGGCGACCACCGAGAUGCCGCCGUCUCACACCCCGACCGGCAUCCUACCCGAGAAGGACGAAGAGUCCAUGGUGGAUCUGGAUGACAGCCUUACCCCGCAGCAGCCUGGCCCCCUGCCCGUGCAGCCCCACCCGGUGAUCUUCACCGUGAGCUACACGGACCCCGAGCUGCAACAGAGAGAGCUCCAUCCCCCGCCCGCAAAGCCCACCACUCACGAACUACGCGGAGUAGAACCCAAGUCCUGGCUGACUAACAUCUACGGCUACUUGGAUAACUACUCCACCACCAGGGCCUACGGCGAAGACGACUCCGCGUCCACCACCGACAUGAUGGACGAAAACCUCCUGCACUCCACUCCGCCAUCGGUGCCCGUGUACCCCCGUGGUCCACGCCCCAUCUCUCCCGUUGACACUCUAUCCAGUGGGUCCGGAAGGAAUGAGGAUGCUCGGCUCCCUCCGGGCAGCACCAGCAGCAGCGGGUCAGACUGCCGGCUCGGUUACGUGAGAAGCAACGGCACCUGCCGCUCGCCGUGCGACCUCUUCCCUAGCUACUGCUUCAACGGUGGCCAGUGCUAUCUGGUGGAGGGCAUGGGCGUCUUCUGCAGGUGCAAUGUGCAGGACUACAUCUGGCACAAGGGGUCGCGCUGCGAGUCGGUGAUCACGGAGUUCCAGGUGAUGUGCAUCGCCGUGGGAACAGCUGCCCUGCUGGUGCUGCUGCUCCUCAUGAUCACCGUCUUCUUUGGCAAGAAGCUGCACCUGCUGAAGACCGAGAACCACCGGCUGCGCAGACGCAGCAGUAAGCACCGCCCCACAUCGGAGCAGCACAAUGAUAAUUUCUCGCUGUCCACCAUCGCUGAGGGCUCCCACCCAAAUUUCUCUCUCCCUCUCCGGGGCAAGCCCGCCCCCUAACACGGGUAUGGGUACAGGGCUGGACGUACUGCCUCCCCUGUGCCACUAGCUAUAACGCCAUUCGCCAAACGGGCCUCGUUCCAAGCUCCCGUCAUUACUGAUGCUGGCGUGUCCCCGGCCCGCCGCAGCUAGACUGGUUGGUGGGACCGAACACCGGAACCAUCCCAGGUUCUGGUAUUCCCAGUUGGAUGUUGCUGGCGUGCUGCCCGGAUGCCCAUCCCAUUCCUAGAUUAGAUGCAGUUUGCUGAAACUGCGUUGAUGUAGGGCUAAUGCUACAUCAACCUGGCACAUGGCCAUGCAUCCGAGUUUCAUUGGCAGCCUGGAAGGGCCAUUUUAGCCCCCCCAGGGCUGUGGAAACUCACACCCAUUGGUCACCCAAGCAGUAGAAACCGGCGAUAUUCCCCUCAUCUCAGUGUGUGCCAGCCUGCCCCUGGAGAGUCACCCCGCCCCCUUUGCAUGUGACGCUAUCCUACUCGUGUGAUUGGUCGCCCAGGGUCCCUCCUUCACCCGCUGGCCCCGGGGCGCACUGCUAUCUCGCUUGUGUCACCACCGCCACCAGCAUGCCCGUCCGUCUGUCUCACCAGUUGUUCCCGAUCUUUGCUUGAUCGUGGGUUGAUGGCUGGGACUCGAUAAUGAGGGCGGUUUGGGGCGGGACACUGGGGGGAGGCAUCACAUGCUUCUGUCAUCCAGCAGCGUAUCCAAGGUGCUGCGCCACACCAUGCCCCCUCCCUUCUCCCCCAGACUAAAAAAGAGAUUCUAACGGUCGACAGAAAGGGCGCUGUAGAGGAGCCUCACCAGACCUAACACAAAUGUAGUUCCCUGCCUGGUCUGGUACUGUUCCUCCGGGCCCCGGGGUCCAGGUCGGCAUUGUCUGUUCUGGAUGUGUGUCCCAUACCUCGGUCCACUGCACUUCUGCUGGCAAUAAGGUACCAGGUUCUACCGGUUAUGACCAUGCUGUGAACCGUGGAUCAGGAGGACAGACCAAAACGGAUCAGCCAGCUUCUCAAACAGCAGGCGGACAGCCCCGAGGCCUAGUCCUGACCAUCAGGGGCCCAAAAGCAGGACAGCACCAGGUCUGCGAGGGGUACCGAGAUGGCGCCAGGCGGGGGUGUGAGACACAGACCAUGUCACAUAAAAUGAAUUCUCCAGAGGAACCUGAAGAAUGCCAUUAAAUGCAGCAAAACACUACUGACAUAUGGUUUGUUACUCAAUGAGUAACAAAUACACACAGCCGACUUAACAGCUGGGGGGGGGGCACAUGUUUGCAGAUGACCUAGCAAAAAAAACUGCAAGGUUCUUGCCUUGGUACCUAAGGACAGCAGUCGUGUUCAGUCCAAAAGACGUGUUGUACAGGAUUUGGCGGAGUCAGGCCCCGUGUGCACAGACAGACACAGACACACACCCACAGACACACACACCCACAGACACACAAACGUACACCGACACGCACACAAAAGCUGUGGACGACCCCCUGUCUUGGAUUCCUUUCCUCUAUCUCCCCGUUUCUCUCUGAAUGAUGUUAUUUAUUCUCGGGGAAUUAUAACCCUGUCCCAAAUGCCCACCCCCAGAAAACUAUGAACAGAUACACCUGGGAGUUUAAGACCAAAGAGGAGCCCACCGACGAGGUAAGACACCCCCCCCCCAUUCUUCAAACCCUCACCUUAGGCCUGGAUGGCCAUUUCUGUUCAUUGUUCCGUUAC